AUGUCUACUGUCAACGUUUUGAGAUAUUCAGCUUUGGGAUUGGGUCUUUUUUUUGGACUACAAACCGACAUUGGGUUGAAGAAAGCAGCUUCCAAAAAACAGCAACAGGAAGCGUACGACAAUAAGAUGAAGCUUGUGGAGGAGGCCAAAGCAGAGUAUGCCAAGCUGAAUCCUGCAGAGAGCAAGGAAGCUGCACCAGCCUCCAAGGCAGGUGAAAUCAAGUCAAUCAAUUUGGAAGACCCAAAUGCGGAUUUCGGUUCAGUUAUUCUGCAAGCAGUCGACUCGCUAAAGAACUGA